AUGGAGAGUGCAGCACUCACUUACUGGGGACAGGGGACCGAAGUCAUAAUAUCCUAAGCAGAGACAUCUUCAUCUCCAACUCUGUUCCCACUAACUCCAUGUGAUUCUGAGAGUGGGGAUUAUGUCACCUUUGGCUGUCUCGCCCAGGACUUUUUUCCAAAAGGUGUUACGUUCCAGUGGACCAAUGCCGGCAAAACUAAAGUGGCUUCUGACCAGUAUAUUUUUCCUCAAAAUAACGCCAACAACAGAUUCACUGGAAUCAGUGUGAUCAGCGUGCCAAGAUCGGAGGCUUCGUCCUACAAGUGUUCUCUCACUCAUCCUACAGGAGAAAAAUCUGUGCAAGUGGGAUAUGUCAUCUCACCUCCACAUGUAACAUUGCUCUCAGUGCCAGAAGGAGACAAACAGGUCUUGGUCUGUUCCAUGAAAGAUUUUGCCCCCAAACAACUGUCAGUCAGUUGGAAGAAAAACAACAACAACAUUGUGACUGGCUUCAGUAGCUUCAAUCCCCAAAAAAGUGGAGCAGUUUAUUCGGCUGUCAGCAUCUUAACAGUUGACAAAACAGACUGGGACAAUAAAGCUGUUUACACCUGUGGGGUUACUCACAAGGAACAAAAUUAUGAAAAGAAGGCCUCAAAAGCACCUGUUACAGUGAAACUGAGCCCCCCCAGUCCUAAAGCAAUGUUUUCCAAUAAACAAGCAGAGCUAAAAUGUGUUGUUACUGGACAGGAUAGAGGCAUUUUAUCAAGUACUACUAUUAAUUGGUACAUUAAUGGACAGCAAGUGACCAACGGGAUAAUUGAUGGUAGCAAUUCAGGAGAAAAAUACAGCACAUUAACUCGAAACCUUGCUGAAUGGAAGAAAGUCAACACAGUGAGCUGCUCUGCCACGAUCAAAGACAUGACACCAGUAACUCAGAGUCUGACUGUCAACAGAGGAAAUGAAGAGCCCAACAUUGAAGUCCAAAUUGCUCCAAAUAGCACAGACAGUGAAGUCACUCUGGUGUGUCUGGUCACCAGGAAAGAUCCUGAAAAUUUCACUGAUGGGAUUAACUUGCCCACACAGAAGAUAAGGAACAGUUACCUGGUUUCAAGCCUCUACACCAUCACCAAGGACAGCUGGAACAGAAACAUGUUCAGCUGCAAUGUUUGGCCUGCAGGCAGUGAUCAAGCUGUCAAACCUCGAUAUGUGUCCAGGUUCUCUGAUCAUGCAGCACCUGUUACUGUGAAACUGAGCCCUCCCAGUCCAAAGGCAAUGUUUUCCAAUAAACAAGCAGAGCUCAAAUGUGUUGUUACUGGACAGGAUAGAAGCAUUUUAUCUGAUACUAACAUCAGUUGGUACAUUAAUGGACAGCGAGUGACCAAUGGGAUAACUGAUGGUAGCAAUUCAGGAGAAAAAUACAGCACAUUAACUCGAAACCUUGCUGAAUGGAAGAAAGUCCACACAGUGAGCUGCUCUGCCACAAGAAUCGACAUGGCACCAGUAACUCAGAGUCUGACUGUCAACAGAGGAAAUGAAGAGCCCAACAUUGAAGUCCAAAUUGCCCCAAAUAGCACAGACAGUGAAGUCACUCUGGUGUGUCUGGUCACCAGUCAGAGGCUGCAAGAUUACUACAUCGCCUGGUCAGAAAGUUCUAGGAAAGAUCCUGAAAAUUUCACUGAUGGGAUUAACUUGCCCACACAGAAGAUAAGGAACAGUUACUUGGUUUCAAGCCUCUACACCAUCACCAAGGACAGCUGGAACAGAAACAUGUUCAGCUGCAAUGUUUGGCCUGCAGGCAGUGAUCAAGCUGUCAAACCUCAAUAUGUGUCCAGGUUCUCAGAUCAUGCAGCACCUGUUACUGUGAAACUGAGCCCUCCCAGUCCUAAGGCAAUGUUCUCCAAUAAACAAGCAGAGCUCAAAUGUGUUGUUACUGGACAGGAUAGAAGCAUUUUAUCUGAUACUAACAUCAGUUGGUACAUUAAUGGACAGCAAGUGACCAAUGGGAUAACUGAUGGUAGCAACUCAGGAGAAAAAUACAGCACAUUAACUCGAGACCUUGCUGAAUGGAAGAAAGUCAACACAGUGAGCUGCUCUGCCACAAGAAUCGACAUGGCACCAGUAACUCAGAGUCUGACUGUCAACAGAGGAAAUGAAGAGCCCAACAUUGAAGUCCAAAUUGCUCCAAAUAGCACAGACAGUGAAGUCACUCUGGUGUGUCUGGUCACCAGUCAGAGGCUGCAAGAUUACUACAUCGCCUGGUCAGAAAGUUCUGGGAAAGAUCCUGAAAAUUUCACUGAUGGGAUUAACUUGCCCACACAGAAGAUAAGGAACAGUUACUUGGUUUCAAGCCUCUACACCAUCACCAAGGACAGCUGGAACAGAAACAUGUUCAGCUGCAAUGUUUGGCCUGCAGGCAGUGAUCAAGCUGUCAAACCUCAAUAUGUGUCCAGGUUCUCUGAUCAUGCAGCACCUGUUACUGUGAAACUGAGCCCUCCCAGUCCUAAGGCAAUGUUCUCCAAUAAACAAGCAGAGCUCAAAUGUGUUAUUACCGGACAGGAUAGAAGCAUUUUAUCUGAUACUAACAUCAGUUGGUACAUUAAUGGACAGCAAGUGACCAAUGGGAUAACUGAUGGUAGCAAUUCAGGAGAAAAAUACAGCACAUUAACUCGAGACCUUAAAGAAUGGAAGAAAGUCCACACAGUGAGCUGCUCUGCCACAAGAAUCGACAUGGCACCAGUAACUCAGAGUCUGACUGUCAACAGAGGAAAUGAACAGCCCAACAUUGAAGUCCAAAUUGCUCCAAAUAGCACAGACAGUGAAGUCACUCUGGUGUGUCUGGUCACCAGUCAGAGGCUGCAAGAUUACUACAUCACCUGGUCAGAAAGUUCUGGGAAAGAUCCUGAAAAUUUCAAUGAUGGGAUUAACUUGCCCACACAGAAGAUAAGGAACAGUUACUUGGUUUCAAGCCUCUACACCAUCACCAAGGACAGCUGGAACAGAAACAUGUUCAGCUGCAAUGUUUGGCCUGCAGGCAGUGAUCAAGCUGUCAAACCUCGAUAUGUGUCCAGGUUCUCUGAUCAUGCAGCACCUAUUACUGUGAAACUGAGCCCUCCCAGUCCUAAAGCAAUGUUCUCCAAUAAACAAGCAGAGCUCAAAUGUGUUGUUACUGGACAGGAUAGAAGCAUUUUAUCUGAUACUAACAUCACUUGGUACAUUAAUGGACAGCAAGUGACCAACGGGAUAACUGAUGGUAGCAAUUCAGGAGAAAAAUACAGCACAUUAACUCGAGACCUUAAAGAAUGGAAGAAAGUCAACACAGUGAGCUGCUCUGCCACAAGAAUCGACAUGGCACCAGUAACUCAGAGUCUGACUGUCAACAGAGGAAAUGAAGAGCCCAACAUUGAAGUCCAAAUUGCUCCAAAUAGCACAGACAGUGAAGUCACUCUGGUGUGUCUGGUCACCAGUCAGAGGCUGCAAGAUUACUACAUCGCCUGGUCAGAAAGUUCUGGGAAAGAUCCUGAAAAUUUCACUGAUGGGAUUAACUUGCCCACACAGAAGAUAAGGAACAGUUACUUGGUUUCAAGCCUCUACACCACCACCAAGGAUAGCUGGAACAGAAACAUGUUCAGCUGCAAUGUUUGGCCUGCAGGCAGUGAUCAAGCUGUCAAACCUCGAUAUGUGUCCAGGUUCUCAGAUCAUGCAGCACCUGUUACUGUGAAACUAAGCCCUCCCAGUCCUAAGGCAAUGUUCUCCAAUAAACAAGCAGAGCUCAAAUGUGUUGUUACUGGACAGGAUAGAAGUAUUUUAUCUGAUACUAACAUCAGUUGGUACAUUAAUGGACAGCAAGUGACCAAUGGGAUAACUGAUGGUAGCAAUUCAGGAGAAAAAUACAGCACAUUAACUCGAGACCUUGCUGAAUGGAAGAAAGUUAUCACAGUGAGCUGCUCUGCCACAAGAAUCGACAUGGCACCAGUAACUCAGAGUCUGACUGUCAACAGAGGAAAUGAAGAGCCCAACAUUGAAGUCCAAAUUGCUCCAAAUAGCACAGACAGUGAAGUCACUCUGGUGUGUCUGGUCACCAGUCAGAGGCUGCAAGAUUACUACAUCGCCUGGUCAGAAAGUUCUAGGAAAGAUCCUGAAAAUUUCACUGAUGGGAUUAACUUGCCCACACAGAAGAUAAGGAACAGUUACUUGGUUUCAAGCCUCUACACCAUCACCAAGGACAGCUGGAACAGAAACAUGUUCAGCUGCAAUGUUUGGCCUGCAGGCAGUGAUCAAGCUGUCAAACCUCGAUAUGUGUCCAGGUUCUCUGAUCAUGCAGCACCUGUUACUGUGAAACUGAGCCCUCCCAGUCCUAAGGCAAUGUUCUCCAAUAAACAAGCAGAGCUCAAAUGUGUUGUUACUGGACAGGAUAGAAGCAUUUUAUCUGAUACUAACAUCAGUUGGUACAUUAAUGGACAGCAAGUGACCAAUGGGAUAACUGAUGGUAGCAAUUCAGGAGAAAAAUACAGCACAUUAACUCAAGACCUUGCUGAAUGGAAGAAAGUC